ACACAAUUACGCUAAAACACAGACGCUUGACACACGCAUAUUUCAGAAUGGCAGAUAGGCUAUUGAUGUUUUCUUGAAUGUUAAGUAGACUCAUAUAUGUAAUUGGUUAAUACCGGUGUUACUUAAUUAACAACAGCUUUUGAUAAGGGGGUAUAAAAUUUCAUCCAUUGAAAUCAAGCCUUAAAAUUUCACAGAAUUUUAAAGAACUAUUGGAUUAUCAACAACUAAAUCUCUAAAUUUACGUUGAGUAAACAAUACUUAAUUUACAUUUUUAAAAUUAAUUUGAUCACCUGAAAAAUCCGUAAGAAUAUCUCGAGAAAGCAUUAAGGCAUUUUCUUCCAAAAACAGAUAAAUCCUCACUUUUCAAAAGUUAUUUCCUAUCUGGGAAAACCCAUAGAAUUCUCACAGCAACCUUUGUAGUCUACUGCAUGUUUUAUAACUUUUUCAUUUCAUAUACUUUUGGUUUGGAACAUAUUUUAUUGUCUAGAUGUUACAAUAAAGUUUUUAAAACCGAGAGAGACCUCUCAUAUGUGACAAUUGAUAACACAAAUUAAGUACAAUGGAAUCAAAGGUCAUUAAGAUGAUCGGCUUACAUAAAGCAUUCAAAUUGUAUCGACAGAUAUACAUGUACAAAGCACAACUGGACUAGUUUAUCGUUAUUCUACUUUUAUAUUGAGCGCAUUUAAUCGAUAAAUUAGGGUUUAAGCCAACGUUUCGUGUUUAUGUGAACAAAAUACGCUUUUAAUAUAAAUUUUCGCGUUAUAAGUUACGCGCGCGCGUUCAUUCGCGAAAAGUUUGCGUUUUAACGCGAAAGUUACACAUAUAAUUAACUGCGAAAAUUUCGCUAUAAAACGAAAAAGUUUUGCGUUUAUUCACGAGAGUUGCACGCAAUAACGCGAAAUUUUUUUUUUUCAGCAACGAAAACGAGUUCAAUUAACUUUGGUCCAUUAUAGGUAAUGAUCUCUGUAAAUAUGGUUAUAUAUCUCCUGAAAUUAAUAGCUUUAGGGAGAAUAAUUUACACAUCGUCAUGAUUUACAACACUAUAAUAUCAGUAGGUCCCAGACGUAUCACAGAUGAAUAAAUGUUUACAGAAGUACAUGUACCUGGUAAAUUUGCCAAAAAUGAAAUUAAACCAAUAUGGCAAAAACAAAAUUGAAAAUAUAUUCGUUGACAUUACUUAUCUGGCUAAUUCCAUGGACUAAGGAUCCUGUGGGGAUCCGGGUUAGGAUAGGUCCUCAGUACCCUUGAGGCGACUAAAUGGGGCGGUCCAUCGGAUGAGACCGCAAAAACCGAAGUCCCGUGUUGCAGCAGGAUCCCUUCUUACUCAAAGGCCGUAAGCGCCGAGCAUAGGCCAAAGAUUUGCAGCCCUUCAUCGGCAGUGGUGACGUCUCGAUGGGAGUGAAAAAUUCUCGAGAAGAACGUUAAACAAUAUUAAACCAAAACCGUGGACUAAGGUGGUGUUCGAGUCGCAAAGGGAUUUAUUUUUUGAUUUUACACCAAAAUAACAAUUUCUACUACAUUAGAAAAAUUGAAUCAUUUUCAAAUUUCAACAGCAAUUGUUAUCUGUAGCGAAAACGUUCUGAUGUCAGUGUAUUAUUGUAAAUUAACUGAUGGUCGGCGAGUUGAAGCGCCAGUUUGCAAAUUCGCUAAUCUAAAAAUAUUUGAAACUUAUUAAAACCAUUUGAAAAAUCAUAUACUUUUUCUUUAUUCCACAAUGUUUUAGGUGUAACUUGCAUUGUUGAACACUCAAUAUAUAUACAUACAUAUAUAUAUAGCAGUGUCUAAACCAAUAAAACAAAGCCAAUGGUUUCGGGAUUGACAACUGUGUUGUCAUUACCUGUUUAUUCUGCAUUGCUUACGUGUGUAAUGUUAGGAGAAACAAAAACUCAACUCCAUGUGGUCUUACUGGUAACCUGCUGACCCAAUUCCACACACAACUGAACGGAUUUCAUGCUAUAUCUUUCUGCACAGGUAAUGAUUCAUACACCUGAGGCAACAAGAAAACAUUAACAGAAUGACCGAUUCUUCGACCUUUGAACCAGUUGUGGUAAUCCAUGGUGGGGCUUGGGCUAUCCCGGACAAACUGUCGUCUGCUAGCGUUGACGGUGUCUGCUCUGCGGCGCGUACUGGGUACGACGUUCUUAGAAGAGGGGGGACUGCCGUGGACGCAGUAGAGGCAUCGGUCCGAAGCAUGGAGGACUGUCCGGCUUUCGAUGCAGGCACGGGGUCCGUUCUGAAUACUAAGGGAGAGGUGGAGAUGGAUUCCGUGAUAAUGGACGGACGUCGGCUUCAGUGCGGAUCCGUCGCAUGCGUGCAGAACAUAAAGAACCCUGUAUCUCUUGCCAGGGCGGUCAUGGAGAAAACGGACCACACUCUCCUGGUUGGAAAAGGCGCCAAUGAAUUUGCCGAAGAGAUCGGCAUACAGACAGUACCCACAGACAGCCUGGUGACAGACGAUGCUCGUGAGGAAUGGCUCCAGUUUAUGAAAUUCAAAACCACGGUCAAUGUACUCUUCAGAAGCAGAGCCGAGCAGACUGCGCUUCCCUCUACUGUGUGCGAUACAGUGGGGCACGACACGGUGGGAGCGGUGGCCCUGGAUAAAUUUGGCAACACGGCAGCUGCAACUUCGACGGGUGGCAUAACGGCCAAACGACCGGGCCGAGUAGGCGAUAGUCCGAUCGUAGGUGCUGGAGCAUAUGCUGACAAUGAAUCUGGUGCUGUGUCCACAACAGGUCACGGAGAAUCCAUUACCAAAGUAUGUCUGGCAAGGGAAGUUACUCAUCUGAUGGAGACGGGCCUGGCAGCCCAAGUGGCCUCAGAAACAGCCUUACAGAAAAUGGCCGCUCGAGUACAGGGAUCUGGAGGGGUGGUAACGGUCAGCAAAGACGGAGGAAUAGGGAAACAUUUCACCACAGAGCGCAUGGCCUGGGCGUGGAUUAAGGAAGGGAAACUUCACUAUGGUCUGGAGUGUGGGGAAAACUUUGUCAUCAACCUUUAGAUAUCGGAACACAAAUAAAAUAGUGCUAUUUUACAAGAGGUGGUGAACAAACAAUCAACCCACAUGUAUUUGACCUAUCCUUCAGGAAAAAUGAAAGCAAUGACAAUGUUGAUAUAU